AUGCACUGGGCACCACCGUGCUUGGAAAACACCGUGCCCGGCACCACCGAUGCAUUGGGCACCACCGCACUAGAAAUCACCGUGCCCAGCACCGCCGAUGCAGCAGGCACCACUGACGCACUGGGUACCACCGACGCAGCGGGCAUCACCGUGCUGGGAAACACCGUGCCCGGCACCACCAGUGCACCGGGGCGGGCCCGGUCCCCCGAGGGUGGGAAGGGAGAAAUUCCUGAGGCUCUACGAAACCGCCGGGGGGGGGGGGAGGGGGGGGAAGCCCUGCCCUGCCCUGCCCCACGGCGCCGACCCCUCGUGACCUGCCCCACGGGCCCCACGUGUGGUCCCGGACCCACUGAGCCGCCGCUCGCCGCAGAUGGAGCCGGCGGCGGCGCCGGGCACGGGGACGGGGACGGGGACGGCGCAGCCGCGGCGCCCCGACCUCUGCUGCGGCCUCUGCCGCCUCCGCUGCAACUCCCAGGCGAGCGGCCGGCGGCCCCCGAGGCCGAGAGACCCCCGGCGGCGGCGACACCGGGGACGGCGACACCGGGGACAGGGACACCAGGGACGGUGACAGCGGGGACGGGGCCGGGGGGGGCCGCCCGCGCCGAGGAGGACAAGGCCAAGCGGCUGCUCUACUGCGGCCUCUGCAAGGUGGCCGUGAACUCGCUGUCCCAGCUGGAGGCCCACAACAAAGGCACCAAGCACCGCACGAUGCUGGAGGCGCGCAGCGGGCUGGGGCCCAUCCGGGCCUACCCGCGGGGGGGGGGGCGGCGCCGGGGCCCCCCCUCGGAGCCGCCCCCCCCCCGCGCCUUCCACUGCCGCGUCUGCAACGUGCGCGUCAACUCCGAGGCGCAGCUCAAGCAGCACAUCUCCAGCCCGCACCGCGACGGCGUGGCCGGGAAGCCCAACCCGCUGCUGGGGCGGCACAGGAAGGCGGCCCCCCCCCCGGAGCUGCCAGUGCCGCCGCUGCCCUUCGCCAAGGAGCUGCCCAAGGCGCUGGCGGGGGGGGGGGGGCUGCUGCCGCCCCCCCUGGUGCUGGCGGCGGCCGCCGCGCUGGCCGCCCCCCCGCUGGCGCUGCGCCCCCCCGGCGCCCUGCUGCCCGCCCCCCCGCUGGCGCCCGCCCUGCUGCGCCCCGCGCCCGGGCCCCUGCGCCCCGCGCACGCCCCGCUCCUCUUCUCGCCCUACUGAG